AUGAAGAUCACUCAGACGUGGUCAAAAAGCGGAUUCCCCUACACGAGCUCGCGAAUCGGGAGUCGCUUUCCACCCUCCUGGGAUACUGACCAGCGCGCAGAAAUCAUCCGCCGCUUGCGGUCGCCUCCGCGUGAUGAUAUAGACCGUCAGCACAGCAUGGUGGCAUUGGAAAUGACGACAAUGUCUGACUUUGGAGAUAUUCUGACUUUGGAGAUCACUUUUCAAAGUGAUAUCAUGAACCCUGUCAAUGUAUCACGACCUACCGCAUUUUCUGGAUGUGGCCGAUUUGCAGCCACCGUGGACGUCGCGCAAAUGGCUAGGCUCGAUGUCGGCAGGUAUUUGUCGAAGGACACGAGCAAUUUUGUAUUGGCACAUAGCCCUCUGCAGAUACAUGUAUUGACGAUGCGAUGGCUGAGUACCGCGCGGUAUGUGACCGUAGAUUCUAGCGACUAA